AUGGCUUCCGAUUUGCCUCAGUUCAAGACGGAUGCCCCCGCUUCUGGAAGGCGAAGUGCUCGACCCAACAAACGAGUCCUUGUCGUAUUAGCCAUUGCUGGCAUUUUCUUUCUCUUGUACCUGAAUGCUCGCAUUGACACCACAUCAAGUUCUUUGACACCUGCCGACACCGACACAGACUCCUCCUCCUCCACUACUACUACUAUCACUACACCCUCUGACACCACUACCAGUGAAGAAACCGGUCAAGGCGACAUUGUAUUCCCUGACGAUAUGAGCGAUGAGGAAAAUGAAGAGAUCGUUCCUGAUGAGCCAGAGCAAGAACAAGAAGCAGAAGAAGAAUUGACAACGACGCCUUCAACCCACUCUGUGGAGCAUCAUAAGACGGUGACGGAUCCUCUAAGCGAAGAAAAGAGCGAAGACGUUGUUAUCAAUGACUCCAAUCAUUAUGCAUACUUGGUGGUGAUUGCUUCUUCAGCCGAACAGAGCAGCCGUCGUGCCUUGAUUCGUGACAAGUACUUUGGUUUGCGCAACAAUUUAUUACCUUGCAUGCGUUACAAUGCCGAUAUGCUUUAUAAGUUUUUGAUCUACGGUGGACCUAGCAAGGCUGGCACUGCUGAACGUCGUCGUUAUGAAGCUGAAAAGAUGGAAUGGAAUGACUUGGAGGAAAUGCCUACAAAGACAGCUUUUGAUCAAGCUUCGGUCUUGGAAUGGGCUGAAACGACCUUGGCAGAGCAAGGCAUUACCUAUGAUUACCUUGUGGUGCAGGAUAUCAACACCUUUGUGCAACUUUCGGUUGUCAAGCAAGAAUUGGAUAAUGGAGUCAUUAGCGAGAGUACCGAUUCGCCUGUGACAGUCAAUCCUGAAGCGCCUACGAAUAUUGUUUGGGGUACUUUUGGUGGUGAUGAACGUGAUAAGCAUGCCUUUGUUAUUGGUUCUGCCGCAGCCAAGUUGGCUCUCGAGAAGCGUGGUGACAUUGAUGCAACUGGUACCAGCGAGCACUUGUUGAGCAACAUGUAUGCCUAUUAUCAAUCCGUUGCCAAUACGGUGGAACACGAAGUCGAUGCUGCCAUGGAACCUGAAGCUGCAGCUGAAGUGCAAGAGCAAGUGAUCCCUGUAUUUAUUCGUGAAGAUGGCCCUGAUGAUAAUCAUCGCUUUAUUCGCUGGGAGAACAAUGUUGAGUCCGUUCAUAUCGAAGACAGCGUUGUCACGCAUGUUUAUCAAGAUUCCGAAUUUGCAGAGCUUGUUGCAUGGACUUCACUCAAGCCAUCCACUGUGUGCUAUCCACGCAAAUCAGCCUUCAAGGGUACACAGCCCACGCUUGAUGCUCUUGACGAUGAUGAAGAUUUACUCGCUGAUGAGGAUGAGGAUACUGCUACCGGCUUGUCAGAGACAAACAGCAACGACAACACAACGGCCGCCACUGAGGAUAAGCCAUCCAUUGCCUUGAUGACCUCUUCCUUCAUUUAUGAUGACAAUUGUAUGGAACCUUCUGCUACGAUGGCUGCUAUGAACAAGCGUAAAUUUGCCUUGCGUCAUGGACAUAGCUUUGUCGCUCGUUCAGCCGAAUUUGCUCAACAACGUGGACGCAAGACUGUAUGGGGCAAGGUGGAUGCUGUUGAAAAGGUGUUGCCAAAGUACGAUUGGAUCUUUUGGAUGGAUAUGGAUGCUGUCAUUAUGAAUCAAGAACAUUCCUUGUUUGAGCUGUUGGAUGAUUUGCGUGCACGUUAUCCAGGUGGAGCUGAGGCUUUUGAUGCCAAUGUUGACUUGAUUGCAGCCAAACCCCGUGGUGAUCCUAUGCUCAAUGCUGGUGUCUUCUUUUUACGUAACUCUCCUUGGAGUAUGCAGUUCUUGCGUGAUGUACAAGGUGUCACUGAAUGGUACAACAAGGGAUCUUCUUAUGAACAAGGUGCCAUGUGGCAAGUGAUGAAUCUUGAACAAAAUGCUCCUCAUAUCUUUUUGCUUGACGGCGAUGAUCAUACCUUCAACACGUUCCCCAAACGAUAUCAACCUGGUGACUUUAUUGUCCAUUUCGCUCCUGACAAAUGUCCCAACGCAUUAACCUUGCAAGGUCUCGCUGCUGCUGAGCGUAUUGAAAAAGGCGAGGCAAUCACCAACAUGGAUUUGAUUUAA